GCAAAUUCUGUGAUAAACGGCUGUAAACGGGCGGUUCACUGAUCCACAACAAUUGAUAUAAACAUUGCUAUCCUGAAGCUUUGUUUAUAUUACGUCCAGGUAGAAAAUCUGAACCAAGGGAUUUAUUGAGAAUGAUAAACUCUAAAGGAAGUGAGGACAGGCAAAGCCUGAUUGAUGACUCCAAUAAAUCUUCCACACCUAAUUACUCAUCUAUUAAUAAAGGCGACGAUCCCAUACUGCAGAGAGUUCCAUCCUUCGAUGCUGCCAACAAAGUAACCUUAUCAUGGCACAGUAUCAAUGUAUUUGUGAAACCAAAGAAAAAGAGUAUCUUUAAAUUCAGUAACCAGUACGAUGUGAAUCACCAGAAGCAAUUACUGAACGAUGUCAGCGGUCAGGUGAAGCCCGGCCAGCUGCUGGCCAUCAUGGGGGCCAGCGGAGCCGGGAAGACAACACUCCUCAACGUCUUGACUAGCAGAAACCUUCGUAGGCUUGCGGUGGACGGAGAAGUGCUGGUCAAUGGUGAAAAUGUUGGAGAAUCUAUGACGAGGCUGUCAGCCUAUGUCCAGCAAGAUGACUUAUUCAUUGGUACAUUGACAGUUAAAGAACAUCUCGUUUUCCAGGCUUUGCUGAGAAUGAAACACUUGUCUUACAAGGAGAGAAUGAGACGUUUGACGAAGCUUUUAGAGUACUUAGGUUUGAGAAAGUGUGAAAAUACUAUGAUUGGAAUCGCCGGUAAGAUCAAAGGAAUAUCAGGAGGAGAGGCCAAAAGAUUGGCAUUUGCAGCAGAGGUUCUGACCAACCCAGCACUGAUGUUUUGUGAUGAGCCAACGUCUGGCCUUGAUUCAUUUAUGUCACAAAAUAUUGUAUCUGUCCUCCGUGAUUUAGCAAUGGGUGGCAGAACUAUUAUAUGUACCAUUCACCAGCCUUCUUCUGAAGUUUAUGAGAUGUUCGAUAAUUUGUUGCUUCUAGCAGAAGGAAGAGUUGCAUAUAUGGGAGAUGCUAGAAAAGCUCUAGAUUUCUUCGAAAGGGCGGGUCUCCGUUGCCCCAUCAAUUAUAACCCAGCAGACUUCUUUAUUCAUAAUCUCGCAGUUGUUCCUGGAAAGGAAGCAGAAUGCAAAGAAAAAAUAAAAACUAUCUGUGACCAGUUUGCAAGAGAAUCGAGAGUCGCCGAAGCUACUUUGUCGUCUGGAUAUUCUUACACAAAUAAUCAAUUAAAGCAGAACUCCAGGUAUAAAGCAGGCUGGUGCAGACAAUUCAGAGCUGUUCUGUGGAGAUCAUGGUUAAGUCUGAUGAGAGAACCCAUGCUUACUAAAGUUAGAUUGAUCCAAAAUAUCUUCAUUGCAUUGCUACUUGGACUCAUCUAUCUGAACCAAAAGUUGGAUCAAAAGGGAGUCAUGAACAUCAAUGGUGCUUUGUUCCUUGUACUCACAAAUAUUACUUUCCAGAACAUGUUUUCAGUAGUUAAUGCCUUUUGUUUGGAACAACCUAUAUUUUUAAGAGAACAUUGGAAUGGAAUGUACAGAACGGAUGUGUACUUCCUUUGCAAAACACUAGCAGAGGCACCUCUGUUAAUAUUCAUGACAGUUCUUUUUACAUCCAUUCUCUAUUGGAUGGUCGGUCUCAAUUCUGAUUACCAAGCAUUUCUAAUCUGUCUGGCUAUUGUAAUACUUGUGGCAAACACAGCAGCCUCAUUUGGUUAUAUGGUAUCUUGUAUUAGUGGUUCUCUAAAUAUAGCUCUCAGCAUUGGAACACCCCUGCUGAUGCCACUAUUACUGUUUGGCGGGUUCUACUUAAACAAUGCCUCUGUACCUGCCUACUUCAUCUGGAUCAAGUACAUAUCUUGGUUUUACUAUGGAAAUGAAGCUUUGACGAUAAAUCAGUGGUCUACGAUAAAAAAUAUCACCUGCACAACACCAAUUGCUUGCAUGCCCGAUGGAAAGUUUGUUAUCAGUUAUCUGAACUUCAAUGAGGACAAUUUCAUUCGAGACAUUUGUGUCAUCGUAGCUUUGAUGGUGUUUUUUCGCCUACUUGCAUUCGUGGCUCUACUAAUACGAUCUAGUCGAAAAACAUGAGGUCGCAACAAAUGGUGCACUUUACUUACAAAUUCUGUAUCAGUUUCACGUUAGUUCAUAAAUACGUGAACAUAAUCUGCAAGACAUUAGGAUGAAUAGCAUUUUAAUAUACAUUACUGCUCUGUUACAUGACUACUUUUUAUUUUGUUAUUUUAAUGCUUAAUAUACAUUUAUUAUCACACACGUUCGUAAAUUUAUUAUCCAUUUGCAUUAGAUCUUAUUUAAUCACAUUUAACUAAAUGAAAGAAAUGCAUUUUAGAAUGUAGAAUCAUAACGACGCAAGCCAGAUUAAUAUACUUUCAAGAUUUUGUAAUUCGUCUAAACCAUACUAACAAAAACUUCGUACAGAAAUAAAGUAGCUUUUAUAUUUAAAUAUAUUUAUAAUGAAAAUUAUAUAUUUUUUAUUUUUGCUUGAUUUCGUUCAUUUAAGAUUUUUGGAGAAAUAUUAAAAGGUUGCUGCAGCUGAAUUUCAUACACAUGAUUUUAUUAGAUGCUAUAAAACAGCACUUCAAACAUUUUUAGUACAUAAAUUUUUUACUGACAAAAACUACAUUAUCUUUUGUACUACAAUAUCUUUGAUUUUUCGAACUUCCAGUUUAAAAUCGUUUUUCAUACUGAAAUCAGUGCCUUUGCAAAAUUGAAAAUCAUCAUAUAUCAGAGCUUAUUAAUAUGUUAUUUUAUAUCGUACAAAACAUUCAGAACAAAAAUUAAUUAAAAUAAAUUCACGAAGUUUUCUAACUAUUGCAAAUAUGAACUGCUUUAAAAUAAGGCUUCUACAGAGAUCAACAUUACAGUACAUCAAAGAUAACAUACAAUACAGGUCACCGUCCAUUAAUAAUAAGGAAUGUAUUAUAUACUAAACAUAGACUUCAGUAACGAAGAACUUCUAGUCACAUAUUUAUUCUAGGGGGCAUUAAAGCCCUGAAUUUGGUAUCUGAAGAACAUGCUGUUGUACAAACUUUUAGAAAGUGCUGUACCAAAGAUUUAUCUGUUCAUCAAGAAGUGUAUUUGAAAAUAUUGAAACAAUAAAAAUAAUUAUUUUUUGCACUA